AUGGUUCCGUUCCUUCGACGCAGCGGCGUCACUGCUAAACCGCUGCCUGGUGCGCACUUUUCGACACUUGAGUCCCAAAAGCAAUCUUCCCUACCCCUUACGAUGGCGCAUAUUCCCAAGCAUAGAGCUCUCCCAGACAAGGAGAACAAGCUCUUCAGGGAGCUUUUGACCCAAUAUGAGCUCAAGCAGUACAAGAAAGGUAUCAAGGCUGCCGACACGAUUCUCAAAAAGUUCCCCAACCAUGGAGAAACCAUCGCUUUGAAAGCCCUUACCAUCCACUCUUCCCUUCCCGACCCUAUGACCGCCUCAGCCGUGCCAAAGAAGGAAGAAGCAAAAGCCAUGGCUCGUCUUGCUGUCAAGAAGGACAUCACCAGUCACAUCACAUGGCACGUUCUUGGUAUCUUUGCCAAGUCAGAACGGAACUGGGACGAAGCUUCCAGAGCAUUUGCCCAGGCGCGAAGGCUCGACCCCGACAACAUUCCUCUCAUUCGAGACUCUAUCAGCCUCCUCACCCACACCCGACAGUACUCUCAAGCUCUCCAAGCUCGACAUCACUUCCUUACCCUCCGUCCUCAGAUUCGUGCCACCUGGCUCGGUCUUGUUGUUGCCCACCACCUCGCAGGUGAUGCCGACGAAGCUAUUCGGGUGUACAAUGACUAUACCGAGGCGACCGCCAUCGAUGGAGCUACUGCUCCCGAGAAAGCGCAGACCCUCAUGUAUGUGAUCUCACUUUGCAUCGAGGCCGGAAGAAAGGAGGAGGCGUUGGAGAGGCUGGAGGCAGGCGUGAAGGAGGAGGUCAUCUCGCCGAGAGGACAGGUCUCUCUGACCAAGGCGCAGCUUUUGGGCGAGCUGGAGCGAACAGAAGAGGCGUUGAAGGUCUGGGAAGAGCUUUUGAAGCAAAACUCGGACAGCUUGGAUUACUACCGGGGCUACUUUAAGGCCAAGGGUCUCGAUCUUGCUGGACCUCACGACGAAGCCGCCCAAUCAGCUCUGCUCGAGUCCCUCGAACAGCUUUCCCAGAAAUAUCCUCGCUCUGCCGCCCCCCGUCGAUUGGCUCUCGACGUUGCCCAAGGCGAAAAGUUCCGACAAAUCGCCCAGGCAUAUAUCGUCAAGGGUCUCGAACGUGGUGUCCCCUCAUUAUUCGUCGACGUCAAGAGCAUCUACUCUGAUUCCACAAAGAUGACCGUCAUUGGCGAAAUCGUCCAGGAGAUCAUCUCCAAGCUCGAGAAAGAGUCCACUCUCGCCAACGACGGCAGCAUCGCCCCUCCUACCGUCCUCCUCUGGGCAUACUACUACCUCGCUCUUCAUCUCACACACCCUCGCAACGCUUCUCCCAACCCUACGCGCGCUCUUGAGCUUGUUGAACUUGCCAUCACCCACACCCCCACUCUUCCGGAGUUGUACAUGGCAAAGGCCAUCGUGCUCAAACGUGCUGGCGACCCUCUGGGUGCGGCGCACGAGAUGGAGAAGGCCCGUCUGCUCGAUGGACAAGAUCGAUUCUUGAACGGCAAGGCUGCCAAGUACUGGCUCCGAGCUGGCAACGUCGAGAAGGCCGAAGAGCUGUUGGCGAUGUUUACCAAGAAGGACAUGUCGCCGAUCCAGGACUUGACAGACUUGCAGUGUGUCUGGUUCUUGCAGGAGGAGGGUGAUGCGUACAGGCGGAGUCAGAAUAGGGGAAUGGCGUUGAAGAGGUAUCAGACGGUGGUGUCUGUGUUCAAGGAGUAUGAGGAUGAUCAAUAUGAUUUCCAUGGUUACUGCACUCGACGAGAUACCUUCUCUGCCUACAUCGAGUUGCUCAACUACGAAGAAACCCUCCGCUCGAAUCCCCACUAUGCCAAAGCUGCCCUCGCUCUCAUCUCCAUCUACACUGAAAUCUCCGACAACCCCUCUCUCACCGUCGAGCACAUCACCCCUGAAGAAGAAGCCGAGCGCAAACGACUCGCCAAAAAGGCCCAAAAGGCCGAGUCUAAAGCCAAAAAGGCCGCUGCGACAUCGGGAGACAAGAAGGAGGAACCGCCUUUGCCGGAUGAGGACCCCAAGGGAGAGAAGCUCUUGAAGAGCGAGACGCCGCUGGAUGAUGCUGAGAAGGUGUGGAAGGCUUUGGAGCAGCUGGCUGGGGAGAGGGUGGAGACUUGGUUGGCGGGAUACGAGAUUUUCAGCAGGAAGAAGCUCUACGCGGCUGCUCUCCGAAGUUUGCUCACUGCCCAAUCAAUCGCCCCCUCCAACCCUACCCUCCACCACCAGAUUCUCAAUUUUGCCCGCCUCACCUCUUCUGCCGACUUGCCCGCUCCUAUUGCCCAGGUCAUCGAGCAAAGUCUCCCCACGCUGCUUGGCGGUAAAGAUGCCAAGUCCGCUAGCGAGGCUUUCGUAGAGCAAGCGAUCAAGGGCUCCGAUGCUGAGGCUAUCCUCGGUGCCACCAAGGGUCACCUCGAAGUCAAUCACACCGACGUCUCUGGCGCCAUCUCCAUCCUCUCCAACUUUGCUUCUCCUUCCGUCCCUCCUAGCGUACAGGGUUUCCUCUCUGCCAUCAACUUCAUCUCUUCCCGAGAAGGCGCAGAAGAGGCGCAGGUGGAAGCGCUGAGGCAAAAGUUGGAGGAGAGGAUGCCCCUGGCUUGGGCAUUGAAGAGUGGGAAGGAGCAAGGGGCGAGAAAGGAGAUGUUGGAAAAGGAGGCGCAGGGGGAAGAGGUCGUGGGAAAGGCGGAUCUCUGA